UUUCUAUGACUCAAAACAAGGCGGUGAAGCAAUAGGAGGGUAAAUCUGAACCAGCAGUGUUUUAUAGUGCUGCUAAUUGAUUCCAUAUUAGCCUAGCCUAGCCUAGCCUAGCCCAGCCUGAGAGAGCACUGGGAGAGAUAUCACCCUCCGGCGGGGACUGCAGCUGCUGAAGCAGAACAACUUCCCUGAAAUCUGCGGGACAAGACACAACCGAGACGCCUCCCUACACAGCGAGAGACACGGGAAAAUUUAACAAUGACAACUAAGAAGCCGCAGAGCAUGCUACGGGAAGCUUCUCAUCAGAUUAUAGCCGGUGGAUCCGCAGGUCUGGUAGAGAUCUGCUUGAUGCAUCCUCUCGAUGUAGUGAAGACCAGGUUCCAGAUCCAAAGGGGAACCAGUGACCCAAACAGCUACAAGAACCUGAGUGAUUGCUUCCGGACCAUCAUACGCAAUGAAGGAGUCUUUGGCUUCUACAAAGGGAUCCUGCCUCCGAUUCUGGCAGAGACACCAAAGAGAGCAGUCAAGUUUUUCACAUUUGAGCAAUACAAGAAGUUGCUGAAUUUGACCCCUUUGUCUCCUGGUUUGGCACUGUCUGUAGCUGGGCUCGGUGCAGGCUUGACUGAGGCUGUUGUCGUCAAUCCUUUUGAAGUGGUGAAAGUCAGUCUCCAGGCCAACAGAGACUCCUUUACAGAGCAACCCUCUUCAUUCGCUCAAGCAAGACACAUAAUUAAGUCAGAGGGAUUUGGAUUCAGGGGCCUUAAUAAAGGACUAACAUCGACACUGGGACGCCAUGGAGUUUUCAACAUGAUCUACUUUGGCUUCUACUUCAAUGUCAAGGAUGCUAUUCCUACCAGCCCGGACCCUACCCUGGAGUUCAUGAGGAAGUUUGCUAUUGGCCUCGUGUCUGGGACCAUCUCCUCCUGCGUCAACAUUCCCUUUGACGUAGCCAAGAGCCGCAUCCAAGGCCCCCAGCCUGUGCCGGGAGAGAUCAAGUACCGCACCUGCUUCCAGUCCAUGGCACUGGUGUACCGGGAGGAAGGGUACUUGGCACUAUACAAGGGGUUGGUACCCAAGAUAAUGAGGCUUGGACCAGGUGGAGCAGUGAUGCUGCUGGUCUAUGAAUAUGUGUCUGGAUGGCUACAGAGGAACUGGUAACAAA